AUGGUGCGGUUGGAGGCGCUUAAGAGCGCGCACCAUGUGAUGUUCGAGUUCGCUGUCGUUCGGCGCACGGCAGCCGGAGCUAUGCUCCUAUUUAUUACCAACAAUAUACUCGUGUCCUCACAGGAGUCACGUAUCACACGCAGUCUGCUGUUCGUCCGUAUGCAAUGCCCGUUCGGCAAAGUGCUUACACUUCUCCAGUGCAGCUCACCACCGGCCAAAAGGCUCAGCUUCUUCAGCAGUGCUCCGCGCCAGUCGUUCAAGUGCCGCACCUCCGCGGUUUUCCCGUCCGAGGACGAAGGACGACUAACUGAUGGUCAGCCCUCUCAUCGAUUCGGCGUUGACUACGAGUUAUAA